AUGUCGCGGUCUGUGGUUUGCGGGGUGCUAAGUUUGGUGGCUUGGAUGCGAUUGAAGUCUGUUUACGCGGGCAAUUGCAAUGCAGAAGUCGCGCGGGAGAAAAUGCAAAUGAAUAAAAUGCAGAACGGCAAGCCGAAGAAAAUGGCGAAAAGACUACUGGCGAAAUCGCCUCUGCUGCGUCCGCUACCUGCGGUGACGUUUGGUCGUGAUAUGGGAAAAUAG